AUGUCGAAUAGUAUCAAGGUCGUGGCUCGGUUUCGGCCCCAGAACAGGGUCGAAAUCGAGUCGGGCGGCCAGCCCAUCGUCUCCUUCCAGGGCCCGGAUACCUGUACAGUCGAUUCGAAAGAAGCGCAGGGUUCCUUUACCUUUGAUCGGGUGUUUGACAUGUCAUGCAAGCAAUCCGACAUCUUCGAUUUCUCGAUCAAGCCUACCGUCGACGAUAUUCUCAAUGGCUACAACGGUACCGUCUUCGCGUACGGUCAGACCGGUGCUGGUAAAUCUUAUACCAUGAUGGGUACCAGUAUAGACGACCCUGAUGGCAGAGGUGUUAUUCCAAGAAUCGUCGAGCAGAUCUUUACCAGCAUCUUGUCCAGCGCAGCAAACAUCGAGUAUACCGUCCGGGUCAGCUAUAUGGAAAUUUACAUGGAGCGAAUCCGUGAUCUUUUGGCGCCUCAGAACGACAACCUGCCAGUUCACGAAGAAAAGAACCGCGGCGUCUACGUCAAGGGUCUGCUUGAGAUCUACGUCUCAAGCGUCCAGGAAGUAUACGAAGUCAUGCGAAGGGGUGGCAACGCAAGAGCUGUGGCUUCGACCAACAUGAACCAGGAGUCGUCGCGCUCGCAUUCCAUCUUCGUUAUCACCAUCACCCAGAAGAACGUGGAGACGGGCUCGGCCAAGAGCGGUCAGCUUUUCUUGGUCGAUCUGGCUGGUUCCGAAAAGGUCGGCAAGACGGGCGCCAGUGGUCAGACGCUGGAGGAAGCAAAGAAGAUUAACAAGAGUUUGAGUGCUCUUGGUAUGGUCAUCAAUGCCCUGACAGACGGCAAAUCUUCGCACGUCCCUUACCGAGACUCGAAGCUCACCCGUAUUCUCCAAGAAUCGUUGGGUGGUAACAGUCGAACGACACUCAUUAUCAACUGUUCGCCCAGUAGUUACAACGAUGCCGAAACACUAAGUACGCUACGUUUCGGUAUGAGAGCAAAGUCGAUCAAGAACAAAGCGAAAGUCAACGCCGAACUCAGCCCGGCCGAGCUCAAGCAGAUGCUUGCCAAGGCCAAGACCCAGAUCACGUCCUUCGAGAACUACAUCGUCAACCUGGAAAGCGAAGUGCAAGUAUGGCGUGGUGGCGAGACUGUACCCAAAGAGAAAUGGGUACCACCCUUGGAACUUGCGAUUGUCCCUUCAAAGUCAGCCGCGACAACAGCCCGUCCUUCGACACCAUCACGGUUACUGCCUGAGAACCGGGCUGAGACCCCUGCUAUUUCAGACCGAGCGGGAACUCCCAGCUUACCCUUGGAUAAGGAUGAGCGGGAAGAGUUCUUGCGCCGCGAGAACGAGCUCCAAGACCAGAUCGCGGAGAAGGAAAGUAUCGCGGCGGCUGCUGAGAGGCAACUACGGGAAACAAAGGAAGAGCUUGUCGCUCUCAAGGACCACGACAGCAAGCUUGGAAAGGAGAAUGAGAGGUUGAUCAGCGAAUCCAACGAGUUCAAGAUGCAACUGGAGAGGCUGGCCUUCGAGAACAAGGAGGCCCAAAUCACCAUUGACGGCCUCAAGGAUGCUAACUCGGAACUCACGGCUGAGCUUGACGAGGUCAAGCAACAGAUGCUCGAUAUGAAGAUGAGCGCCAAGGAGACGAGCGCUGUGCUGGACGAGAAGGAGAAGAAGAAGGCGGAGAAGAUGGCCAAGAUGAUGGCUGGCUUUGACCUUUCUGGCGACGUUUUCAGCGACAAUGAGCGGGCAGUUGCUGAUGCGAUUGCGCAAAUAGAUGCGCUCUUCGAGAUCAGCUCUGCUGGUGAUGCCAUUCCUCCUGAGGAUCUCAAGGCACUCAGGGAGAAGCUCGUGGAGACCCAGGGCUUUGUGCGCCAAGCUGAGUUGUCCAGCUUCAGCGCUGCCUCGAGCGAUGCGGAGGCUCGUAAGCGGGUUGAGCUUGAGGCUCGUCUCGAGGCUCUUCAGCAAGAGCACGAGGACCUCUUGUCUCGCAACCUCACUGAGGCUGAUAAGGAAGAGGUGAAGGCCCUUCUUGCCAAGUCGCUCUCGGACAAGUCGGCUGUCCAGAUUGAGCUUGUCGAGCAGCUCAAGGCUGAUAUCAACCUGAAGAACUCUGAGACGGAGCACCUCAAGGCUUUGGUCGACGAUCUUCAGCGCCGCGUCAAGGCCGGUGGUGCCGGAGUUGCCAUGGCCAAUGGCAAGACUGUCCAGCAGCAGCUGGCCGAGUUCGACGUCAUGAAGAAGAGCUUGAUGCGUGAUCUGCAGAACCGCUGCGAGCGCGUGGUCGAGCUAGAGAUCUCCCUUGACGAGACGCGCGAGCAGUAUAACAACGUGCUCCGCAGCAGCAACAACCGCGCCCAGCAGAAGAAGAUGGCUUUCCUCGAGCGCAACCUCGAGCAGCUGACGCAAGUUCAGCGCCAGCUUGUGGAGCAGAACUCCGCCCUCAAGAAGGAGGUGGCGAUUGCCGAGCGCAAGUUGAUGGCGAGAAAUGAGCGGAUUCAGAGCCUCGAGAGCCUGCUCCAGGAGAGCCAGGAAAAGAUGGCCCAGGCGAAUCACAAGUAUGUGUUUACCCCUUUGUUGUUGCUUCAUGCCCUCAUUAUCAUCAGUAUCAGCGCUAACCUUCCGUCUUCCUAUUGCACCAGGUUCGAAGUGCAGCUCGCUGCCGUCAAGGACCGGCUGGAGGCCGCCAAGGCCGGCAGCACGCGCGGACUCGGCACCGAUGCCGGCCUCGGCGGGUUCAGCAUCGGCAGCAGGAUCGCUAAGCCGCUCCGCGGUGGCGGCGACGCCAUCGCCGGUGGUGCCACGGCUACGAACCCCACCAUUGCCACUCUGCAGCAAAACCCGCCCGAGAAUAAGAGAUCGAGUUGGUUCUUCCAGAAGUCGUAA